AUGACAACAACUACAGGAUUGGUGCCCUUGUCGGCCAGACCCAAGGACAUGGCCAUGUUUAUCUACUUUAUCUCCCACAUCCCAGCAACCAUGUUCAUGGAUCUCGUCCCCCUCUACCCCGCCUUCCUCGCACCCCUCAUCCAACCUCUUCUUAAAUUCCAAGACUUUUAUGUCGACACAUUCAGGGACCCUUUCAUGGGCGACAAAUCCUUGAUCUGGUUCAACACCUUCCUUCACUGUGAGGCACUCUUCCAGCUGCCCUUCUUCUUCUUUGCUGCCUAUUCGCUUUACCACAACAAACGCUCAAUCGCUCUCUGGAUCUGUGUCUACUCGGCUCAUGUCAUCACCACCGUCCUCCCCAUUCUCGCCACCCUCAACUUGACCAAGGACGAGAACUUCCCCUUUGCGAUCAGUGAAGGCCAAAAGUUGUUCUUGAACUGCCUCUACACGCCUUGGGUUCUUUUCCCGCUCUGGAUGUUGGUCGAGUCCUUCCAGCGCGUGCGCUCCUUUGAGGCUCAGGGUGCUUCCAAGAAGAAGAACUGA